AUGGACUUGAAACAGAGCGAUCUUGAUGACUUGGCGACCAUCGAUCUCUCAGACAGUUUCAUCGAGGCGAACCUCGGCACCAGCAAACGCUUUGACGAGUGCAACUCUCGCACCACACUGCAGGAUGUAUGCGCCGCCUUUGUGCAGUCCUUCCUGGUGGAGAAGGGAGAGUGGAUCUCCUCGCUGCACGUCUCCCUGAAGGAGUGCCUGACGGUGCUGGAGGGGAUGGAGACGGUGCUGGAGAAGUUCAUUGAGCAACUUGAUCGAAUCCAGCAUGAUAUUGGCGAAGUGCGCGAGGCGCUGGCGAGAACGUCUAUUGAGCUAAACAACGCGCGGGUGACGGAGCGGGUCCUGUGGACCGCGAUCUCGCACCUCGUUGUACCGCCGGAGCUCGUGCAAAUCGUGACGCAGUCGAAUGAUGGGGAGCUGGGAAUGCUUUUUCAGCUGACGCUGCGUGAGCUACUCAAAUACUUGAACUACCGAAAAGGCACGUGGCAGCGGCAGCAGCCAGCCCAUUCGGAGUUCCGCGGAUCCGCUGCGUCACCUGCCACCCGUAGCGGUACCGCCCCCCAGAGCACCUCUCAAGAGCUGCGACUGCCGCUGACGGAGUUCACCAUCUACACGGAGCUGCUGAGUAUUCUGGACAGUCUCACCGUGUUUGCGUGCAUCAAGGUGCGCGACUAUCUCGCGCGCAAGCUGUAUGUGCUGACGGUGCCCAACACGAAUGUGUGCAUCCAGCAGGAGAACAGUCUCAAGCAGCACGCCGUCUUUGUCCACUUCCUGCGCUCCGCCCCGCCGUUGCUGCAGCACACCUUCGCGCGCGCCACGGAAGGCAAUCAUCAGCUAACGUUGGUGCCCUACCGUAUCACCCGUGCCAUCUACAACGAGUUCAAGCAGCAGUACUGCCUCAUCAUGUCCUCGCUGUACCUCCGCAAAUUUCAAGGCUACAUCCUAACCCUGAAUGCUAUGGAGUACAACACCGCGGCGAGCGCCUCCUUCGGCUCCGUGGGCAGCAACUUGCUGAGCGGCUUCACGAGGGUACAGCCAGCUGCGCCAGAGACCAUGUACACACUGCCAAGCUUGACAGCUAUGCGUAGUAAAGGAUCCCCUGGCGACGACAAGGUGUUCCAACUUGGCUCACGAGGCGAGAUCUUCGCUCGGGUCUUCGCGCCGCCGCUGAUCCCAACGCUCGAGAAGGCAGCUAGUCGCUGGCACUCGUACGAGGAGACGCUGCGUUCCGUGCUGCACCUGCUCAGCGACACAGUCACGCACGAGUACCUCUUCACGUUCGAGUUCUUCGCCGGCGAUACGUCCGUCCACGUUGACGUCUUCCAGCCGACGCUGCAGUUCAUUGUCGACUACGUCUCCGAGGCAGUGCUGCUGCAGUCCUCCGGAAGUGUGCGGCAACUGAUGAACCAGCACCCCCACGCAAGUGCGAACCAGCGCGCGAAGGAUGACACCUACGGCUUGCUGAUACUGAUUCGCCUCUGUCACGAGUACCGUUUUUACAUGAAGACGGUCCGCAAGCUGGCGUGCCUGGACACGUUCUUCGACUCACUUCUAGUUCUCUUGUGGCCCGCCUUCAAGCGCACAUUCGACACCCAACUCGUCGCACUCCGCUGCGCACAGGUUUCCUCGCUUGCGGCGGUCACGGGGCACAUGCGCUCGGUCGCGGAGCGCAUCGCAACGGUGCACCCACUUGUCCGAAAUUAUACGGCGCUCUCCUGCUCUCUGCUGGGCAUCGCUCUCGGGGCGGCGGUGGCGGAAGAGCGAAUGGCGACGGCCCAGUCUGAACAGGCGAAUCCGGCGCAGCAGUCGGACAGGCCGUCCUCAACAACGUCAUCCUCGUCGUCGUCUUCUGCAGGGCACCUCACAAAUGCAGGCAACAGUGGUGGUGGUCGUCGUAGCAGCCCGCGACCAGCACCCCCACGCAACUCAUCUAGUCUGGACGUGAGUCGCAACAUGGUCGCCGGCCUCAUGGGCAAUGCCGCUUCGCGUGCCUGGGACGAUCCAGAGCACGCAGAGUUGCGUCGGCUGGCGGUGCAGAUGAUGGCGGCGGAGGAUGAGGAGGACGCGGCGGAGAGUCAGAGCCGUUUCGUCGCGCUUGUCGGCAAUAUUGACUUUUUGCGUGUGCAGGUGAUUCACUAUGCCGAGGAGAUCGUCAAGCACAUCCUCGCGCACGCUGGCUUGGCGGCCUCGUCGCAGUCUGUUGGGGGCGGCGGCGAUGCUGCGGUGAUGCGCGACGCGUACGUGGUGAACCAACUCCACUACAUGUUGACUGCCGCGCAGUGCGCCGUCUUCCCUGGCGAGGAACAGCGCGGCGUCACGUUGGCAGACCGCUUCGACUUCAGCCAGCUACGCAACAUGUACAACACGUACCGCACCCGUUUGCUUGAGGAGCUGCUGGACAUGCGCUUUUACGACUUCUUCAACGUUGCGCGAAGUGAGGAGGAGGUGCCGCCGCCCGUGCUCCUCCGCAUCGCGGACCACUUCCUGCUCUCCUGGAAGCCGGCGCUCGAUGCACUGCGGACGCAAGUGAUGUCUCUUAUGUACGACGCGCAGCUGGCGAACGAGGUGAUCGCGCAGGCUUGCAUGGAGUGCCUUGUGUGCAACACGCGCUUUCUCAAGAUCAUCUCCGCUGCAGUGGAGUCGCAUCCGCCGGCAUUCGCGCGGAGACCUAUCCGCACGUUGAUUGUGUCGAACCAACACAUCCUUCUGCACAUGCGGAACUACUCGAUGCACAUGGACUCCUCCAGCCUGCAGUGA